AUGUGCACAUAUGGUCGUAAAACUCAACAGAAAACAAGCAGAAUAGGAGGGUCCUGCGGAGUUGGCGUGUGCGGUCCGUCUGCUUGGUUCUUCCAGGGAGUUGGAGGUAAAGCUGAGACGCGCGUCGUGAGCUUCGGCAGCUGCCCGCGAGUCAGAGGGCCCAUCAGCGUACAAAGUACUAGACGCAGCCAAAGAGUAGUAACUUCUGAAGAUCAAGGCCAAGAAAGGACAGAAAUUCUGAAUCCUAAAGCAAAAAUGGCUAACAAAGAAAAUGUAAAUCGACUUCCAGGGAGCAAAAAUAAUACAAUUGUGGGGAAAAAGUAUAUUCCUUUAAAAGCUUCUAAUGAAUUAACCAAUUCAACUGUAAUAAUUGACACACAUAAAUGUGAGGAUAAUAAUAAAAUUCUGCGGUUGUUACCAAAUGAUGAUAAUCUCCAAAGUCAACGUAUGACACUGAGCCAGGUAUUUCACCUUAAAAACAAUAGUAAAAAGAAACAGAUAACAGAAAAACCAAAGCAAGAUGCUAAUAUGCCCAAGAAACUUGUACUCGGAUCUUAUCGUGGCCAAAUUGUUCAGUCUAAGGUUAAUUCAUUUAGAAAACCUCUACAAGUCAAAGAUGAGAGUUCUGCGGCAACAAAGAAACUUCCAAGUAUUCCUAAAGCCACAAAGCCUCAGCCUACAAACAGCAGUGUAACAGUGAAAAGUGAUAGAAGCUCAAAUAUUACUGCUCCCACUAAGUCUGUGAGCACUACGUCUCAGAACACACAACUUGUGCGACCCCCUAUUAGAAGUCACCAUGACAAUACCCGGGGCGCCAGGAAACAAGCCUUCAGUAGAACCUCUGGCAACAUUACAACCCGGAAAGGACCUUGCGAAAAAGAAUCAUUACAGUCCAAACCAAUUUUGUCUAAUAUCAAAACCAGUUCUUCUCAGGACAUUAAAAGAAACGGGGCCCUGUCUAGAAACACAGCAUCUGAAACUACAGACAGACCUGCUUUCUCUUCUAAUUCCAAACUGAUAGAAAAGCCGAAAUCCACUCACCAGCGAAGAUACACUACAGCAAACGCAACUGUGGAUAACAGAUCAUCUCGACCCAAAGAAACAUCAGAAGAGAGAAAAGCUCGUCUGACUGAGUGGAAAGCUGGCGAAGGAAGAGUGCUGAAGAGGCCCCCUAAUGCAGUGGUUACUCACCACUGCGAGCCUGAAGGACAAAAUGAAAAGCCAGUUGGAUCUUUCUGGACCACCAUGGUAGAAGAAGAUGAACAAAGAUUAUUUACUGAUAAAGUAAACAGCACAUUUUCUGAAUGCCUCAACCUGAUUGAUAAGGGAUGUCCAAAAGAAGAAAUACUGGUCACACUGAAUGACCUGAUUACAAAAAUUCCAGAUGCCACAAAACUUGUUAAAUAUUGGAUAUGUCUUGCAUGCAUUGAACCAAUCAUAAGUCCUAUUGAAAAUAUUAUUGCAAUCUAUGAGAAGGCCAUUCUGUCAGGGGCUCAGCCUAUUGAAGAGCUGCAACCCGUAAUUGUAGAUAUUCUAACAAUGAAGAGUCAAGAAAAAGUUAAACUCAGAGAAAAUAUUGAGGCUUGUGCAACCAAGCAACAAAUCCAGGAAAUCAGCUGUGGAGAUACAGAGCCAGGACAACCAGAGACGGAGAAAGAACAUCAUAGAAAUGUGAUGUUUCGAGAUUGUCAAGAAGGGCAAGAUGACAAUACAAAAGAGCCAGCUGAUAAUGUUAAAACCCCCAGUGCAGAAGCUAGGGCAAGUUGCUUAAUUAAAUAUAUUGUAUCUAAUACACCAAACUUACAAAGUGGGAAAAAGGUGCAAUUUGACAAAACAGAUUUAAUAUUUAAAGAGCUGAAAUUUUUAACACCAGUGAGACGUUCUCGGCGUCUUCAAGAAAAGGCUUCUAAAUUGCCAGAAAUGUUAAAAGACUGUUAUCCUUGUGUGUCUUCGUUGGAACAGUUAACAGCGUUGGAAAGUGAAACUGAUGCUUUUGUUUGCCGCCCUAACGUAGCACUGUGUGGGAUGUACUCCGAGACUGAAACAACAGAAAAAAAAUAAAGGUCUGAUAAGGAAUAGG